AUGGCAGCGAUGGUGGCUCCAAAGAAAAAAGACGCCACGCCGGUGACUUUAGGGAUGGAAGAUAACAAUGAUGAGUGGGUUUCGUUCACAUCCCUGUGGAGGAGACCGCGAUCUCCUCUUCAUUCCAUGAUCCCCACUUCUACUCUCUAUGCAUCUAAGGCUAUUCAGGUCAAGAUGAAUAUAUUGCGGUUUUCUGGCUUCGUCUGGCAAAAGAGUGAUGAAAAGCGAAAACUGAAAGUGAAAGAAAAGCUUGAUAAGUAUAAUAAAGAGAUGCUUUUGGAAUUUUGUGAUCUGUUUGACAUGCCAAUUGGCAAGACUUCUGCAAAGAAGGAAGAUGUUGUCAUAAAGCUGAUAGAUUUUAUGUUGAAGUCUCAUGUCACAAAUAGUGAGUUGAUUUCAGAGAAAGAACAGUCGAGCAAGGGUAAAAAGCGACCAACAAGCAGCAAGAAAAGCACAUCGCCUUGUAUCUCUGAAUGA